AUUUAAUUAUUUUUUUCCCCUCCUUUCUACAUUUCAACUGUUUCAUGCAGCUCAUUUUCAGCUCUUGGGGCUAUUUGGGUUCCCAAUAAAGUAGUGCCAGUUUAACUUUGCCUCGUUUGCAUGGUUCCUAGGAUUUCUCUUCAGCAUCAACAUGUUUUACUACCUCAUGCAAUCGUAAAAAUGCCUACAGUGUUUUACUCCUUAUGCACCUGGACUUCUUGCCUGCCUGCCUCCAAGGAUCAUAUCUCUGGUGAUAUACAUGUUGGCCAUCUCGUCAUGAGUCAAGAUAAUUUGCUUCAUUGCGAGAAUGAAGCAAAUAAAAUGCAGAAAAGCAGUGCAUGUCUGCAAGUAUAGUAACGCUCUGCUGGUGAUGGUGACUUGCUGGGAGGAGACGGCUUUUAUUUAUUCUUUAGCUAAAACUUUUUGUCAUGUUGUUCCCACAGUAGUAACAAAAAGAGAAACCUCUCCAGGACUUUGUGUAUUGGCACUGACAUAUUUCCAAACGUAUUUGCUAAAAAUUUAAAGCGGUGCAGUGAUCAAAUCAGUGCUUUCGAAUUAAUUUUAAAACACCUAGCAUUCUCUUGAUAAAUGUGAUGUUUACAGUGUUGAACCUUUCACAAUAUCACGUUUUCCCCUUUUACAAAAUUAGACAUUGCUGAAAUUGCAAAUUUCUGGAGAGGUUGCAUUUAAAUAUUAAUGCAGUUAUUUUUGCUUUUUUAAAUUAAAUGUGAAGCAUCAAAUGACUUAUUCUUUUUUGCAUCAUACAGAACAGAAGGGCUUUUGAAAGAUCAGAGAAUGCAAAAUGGACAGAGAGCAUGGAGCUUCGAAAAGCUACAGGGGAAGUAGAGAUUAGUCACCUUAAGCAGCAGGUCCAGGAACAGGAGGCUUUGCUCACUGAAAGACAAGCACAGUUGGAAACGUUGGAAGGUGAAAUAGAAACGCAACAGAAAACGAUUGAGGAUCUUAACUUUCAGAAAUCACAGCUUGAGCAUGAUGUUAAUCAGUAUCGCACUAAGUUAGAGAUAGCGGUUAAAGACAAAGCUGCCAGUGAGCAGGAGUUAAAGCAGACAAAGCUGUUCAUCAAGCAGUCAGAGGCCAAUUGGUCUUCGACUCAGAAGAAACUAGAGGACCUGUUGAAGAAAACAAAUGAUAAGCAAGUUCUUAAUACACACAGUCCCAAACUCAAAAAAAUAAAUGUGGAGGAAGUUGGCGGUAACUCUGAGAAGGAGCUGGAAAGUCAAAUUCAGGCCAGAAAGAAUGAUCUGGCUCAGCAGCCUUUCGUGUCAGACAGCCAGGCAGCAGUCGACAGCGAGCCUGAGUCAUCUGCAGACGGCAUGAUGUUGGAUGUGCUGCAGCAGAAACUAGAGGAGCUGGUCCUGGUCCAGAAAAAAGCAGAAAUGGCUGAGGAGAAAGCACAAAGUUACAAAAAGCUGUUGGACGACAGCAAUAACCGACUGAGGAAACUUCAGAUGGACAUGGAAGCUGAAAGGGUCCACAUGAGGCAGAAAUCAGAGGAUCUCCAGCAGGAAAUACAGAACUUGAAGAAAUCCAUCAAUGACCAUCAAGAAGAAAGCAGAUCGCUCCAGAGAGCAAAGGCCUCAUUAGAACAAACCACUUUCUUCCAAAGCACUGAAGUAGAAGGCCUUAAAGAAAAACUAAAGAUCACCCAAGGAGAGCUGCAGAAGAGAAGCUCCUUUGAGCAGGAAAACAGUUACAAGAUUAACAGUUUAGAGGAAGAGAUAACUUCCAAACAGACCAUAAUAGAUCAGCUGAAAUCGAAGUGCAGUGAGCUGGCAAGGAUAAAUGUCUCCUCUGACAGUGACAUUAGAGGUCUUCAAGUCCAAACAGAGACAUUAGAAAAAGAGAGAUCAGUUUCUGAACAAAAGAUCAAGUCCUUAAAGAGAGAGAUGGAAAGCUGGAAACAGCAACUGCAUACAGCCACAGAAGAAAACAUGCUUAUGAAAAGAUCCGAGCAGGCAAUGCAGCACAAAUGUAAAAACCUUGAAGCAGAGCUCCAGAAGAGUGAUUUAGUGGUUGAACAACUACAGAAAAAAAUAGAUGAGUUCAAACUGAUAAAUAUGGAGAUGGAAGAGAAUCUGAAGAAUAUGAGAGCUAAACUUGAUCAGGUGAUGAUGGAAAUUAACAGCAAGGAUCAGCAAAUUAAAAUCUUCCAGUCUCAGGUAGAGAGCAGCAAAUCACAGGUCCGAAUUAUCGAGGAGGAGCUCAAUAAGAAAUCUCAGACCUCCCACGAGCUUCAGAUUCAACUGCAGGACUACAAUGAGGAGGUAAAGAAAACAGCUGAACUGCAGCAAAAAAUCAAAACCCUCAAUUCCAAUAUUACCAAUUAUGUGACAGAAAUGACGACUCUGAAAUUAGAACUGAAGUCAGUGUUUGCUGAGAAAAACGUAGCGAAUCAAAAACUCCAAAUGCAACAAGAUGAAAUCAGUGAUUUGAAAGCAACGCUGGAUCAGAAAAAUGUAGAACUGCAAAGAGAAUCUUCUGAGAGUCAGAAACAUCUCGGUAAAGUCAAAGCAUUAGAGGAUGAGCUUUUCCAACAUCAGAAUAGUAUUAAAGGGUUAACUAGCUGCUCAGAGAAGAUCACAGAAAACCUUAAGCAGGAAAUCUACACUCUUCAGAAUGACAAGAGAGCAACAGAAAGGAAAGUAGAGAACUUAAAUAUGAAACUUUCAGAACUAAGCUCUUCUUUACAGAGAUCAAAAGAUGAGUUGAAUAAAGAAACCAAAGAAAAACAUUUCAGAGAAUCCAAAAUAAUGCAGCUAGAGACUGAGCUUCAGAGAAAUAAAGUAUCUAUGAAAGAAGUGAUGUGUAGUUCUGACAAGUCCCAAUCAAAUCUACAAGAGAAGGCGAUCCUGAAGAGAGAGAAGGCUGAGGCACUUGAGGAAAUCAUCUUGUUGGGAUCUGAAGUCCGAGUCCUGAAAGAUGGGCUGCAACGUGCCCAAACAGAAGCUGAGCAAAAGCAAAAAGAGAACUCAGUUCUUCAGCUGAAGUCCCAGCAGAUGGAAGAGCAACUGGAGAAGUGCAAGAAAAUGCUGGAGGAAUUAAAGAGCAAACUGGAACUUCAGAAAGAUGGCUAUGAGAGGCAGCUCAUGCUAGUGCAGACAGAAAUAGAGAAAAAACUUAUUCUACUGCAGUCUGAAGUCACAAAUACAAGUGAGGAAUCCAACCAGCAGUCACACAGUGCAGAUCUAGCAGAGAUGUUUAACAAGUGUUUCAAACAAGAUGUGAAACAGCUUAGAACAGUCCAUCAAACCACAGUGGAGGCAAGGCUGCAAACGGAACACUCGCAGCAACUGCAGAUCAAAAUGGACAAACUGCAGCAAGAGAGAACAAAGCUCGUGCAGGACUUGUCAAAAGCAAGAUCAGAAAUCGUCCAACUUGAGGAAGAUAAAAUAAAGUUAAUCUCAAAAGUCAGUGCUUUACAGAGAGUCUGCAAUGUACAAACUAAGGAAUCAACAACGAUUGAGAAGCAGUUAUCGGAUAGUGAAAGGAAGCUGACUCUGAAAGAAAAUGAAGCAAGAUCUCUUCGGGAACGAAUAGAAUCGUACAUCAGGCAGGUUCAAAAUCUUCAGGAAAAGCUUUUGAGAUUUGAAGUGAAAGGUUCUGAAACUAGUCAUCAGUAUGUGAAAGAGAACAAGGCUGAUUUAUUGAAGACAGACGUUACCAUGACGCAGCAAACAGCAUCCUCAAACGAAGCUGCAAAACGCAACACGGAGGACAAAAUUCUCAAAAUGAAAGAUUCCUCAGAGAUGGCAACAAUGGGCAAAGAAAAUAUUCUUGAAGGAAUUAAACAAGACAAAACAGAAGUUCUUCACAGCCAAAGUCUUCAACAUGACUCACCAACAAAGAAAGCAUUGAAUAACUCUUCCCAUCAAACCCUCAACCUCGUACAAAAAGACGUCCAAAAUGUGACUUACCAGAGUUAUGUUAAGUCUGAUUUGUCCAGCAGUGUGACAGCACAUGGAUACAUGGCUCUGUGUGGACAAACAGACCAACUGAAAUCCAAUGAAACUAACACCAGUAAGACAAGAAGGUAUCAAAUCACAGAAAUCUGUGAAACAAUAAACACAUCAGAGACGACUACAACAAACCAUGAUGGAAAACUAAAUAUGACAUAUUCAUCUUCCCAAAAGCUCCCAGAACUUAAAGGGACUACAGAUAUUCAACACUUGAUCAGGUUUAGGCUCUUGGAUGAAGAGGUUUUGCGAAAGUUAGAGAUGGGCCUCAUCACAGUGCAGCAGGUGCAGGCAUCACUUGCCCAGUACGUCGGCAAACCCACUGCUAUUGCUGGAGUUUAUGUGGAGUCCAGCAAGAAAAAGAUAUCCUUCCUCGAGGCUGCUGAAAAGGGCUUCCUAGCAAAGACGUAUGCAGUCGAGUUUCUGGAGGCUCAGGCUGCAACAGGAACCCUGACAGAUCUGACCACAGGAGAAACCCACUCAGUUACUGAGGCACUGGAGAGAGGUAUCAUAGACAAAAGCCUGAAAAAUAAACUGCUGGAGGCUGAGAAAGCCAUUAGUGGCUAUAUCCAUAAGGACAAACAACUGUCUGUGUUUCAGGCAAUGGAGGAGAGAGUUCUCGAUAAAUAUAAAGGCAAGAGGAUCCUUGAAGUCCAGGUUGCUACUGGAGGCCUGACAAACCCAGAGAUUGGUGUCAGGGUGCCUGUUGGUCUUGCUGUUGAACAGGGUCUUUUGAACAAAGACACUCUGCAGAGUCUGUACGAUCCGGUCAGUAACCCCAAAGGUUUCCACAAUCCUGACACUGGACAGAAAGCAUACUACUCUGAAAUCCUCAAGACAUGCUUGUACGACAUCGACAGUGGUGUGUUCCUCUUUCCAUUUGGUGAAAGACACAUAACAAGCACAUCUCCAACGAGUUCUCAUAGAGUGUCAGUUGUCAACAGCAGCUGUGGCACCGAAAUGUCAGCAUACGAAGCAUUCAAGGGAAAACACAUUGACAGAAAGACGUAUCUGUUUCUGUCACAGCAGGAAAGCAACUGGCAGGAAAAGUCCACAGUGGACCAAAAUGGAACCCAACUUCAUGUCAUCACUGAUUUCAAAAGUGGCCGUCAACUUUGCCUAGAGUCUGCUGUAAGCCAGAGGUUUCUUGAAUCUUCUGAGCUUGAAAACUAUCGCAGUGGUCUUCUUAGUAUCUAUGAGAUUGUGGACAUCAUAUUUUCCAGGAUGGUUGUUGUGGAAGAUGUCAGUAGCCCCAUUGCUGGUUUCUGGGACACCACUCAGAAGAAGAGGCUCUCAAUUCUUCAAGGUUUUCAACAGGGCUUCACCGAUAGAGCCACUGCUUUGAGGCUGUUAGAGGCUCAGGCCUGCACUGGAGGUAUUUGUAUCCCCUCCUCUGGGGAGAAAGUUAGUCUCUCCGAGGCUCUCAAAAGAGGUCUUUUAGAUGAGACACUGAAUCAGCAGCUCCAACAGUUUGAGCAGGCAUUUAAUGGCAUUAUUCACCCGAAGACUGCAAAGAGUUUGUCCAUACCCCAGGCCGUUCAGGAAAAUCUCUUCCCGAAAGAAGCUGGUUUUCGCUGUAUUGAAUUCCAGCUUCUGACCGGAGGUCUGAUAAAUCCUGACACUCAUGAUAGAGUCUCACUUGAAGAAGUCAUUCAGAGCGGCCUUGUUGACAAAGUUACCGCUGCCGUACUCAAAGAUGAGAAGUUCCAGACCAAAAGCCUCACUUGUCCAAAGACCAAGAGAAGAAUCACAUUCAGAGAGGCACUUGAAAGAAGCGUGUACGACUGCCACACUGGAUUGAGGUUACUGGAGGCUGCAAAAAUUCAUGGUUUCGGAGCCAAAUCAACAUUUCACUAUGUUUGGGCAUAUAAAUAAACAUUUGUAAAUAUGUGGGUGUCCAUAGCAUAAAAACAAAACAUGCAGAUAGAAAUUCCUUUGGUUUUGUUUGGCUGUCACAUUAGCUUCAUUUGCCAGUUUGUUUGUUUUUUGUUUCUUACGUAUUUGUAUACUGUGGUUGAUGCAACUAACAAUGUUUUUUUUUUUCAGUUUUGCUGAUAUUACCCUGAUUGUCAUUGUAUCGACAUACCAAUCGUGCGUGUUUUUUGUUUGUUUUGGGGUUGUUUUUUUGCAGAAAAGUUAACUAUCUUGUCAACAAUCCAUCUGCUUUAA